AUGUCUAGCAUGAUGGAAUUGAUGGUUAACAUGUCUAAGGACAUUGCUAAUCUAUCUCAAUCCACCCUUGAAGAAACCCCACAAUCGCCCCAACGAGAAGGUCGACCACACUACCGCCAAAGAAUCAUCAUUAGGACACCAUUAUAUAUGGAGAACUUAAGGGGUAGUAGUGCAUCCUCUAGUGAAUUCGAGGCACGUAGGAGGAGAAGAGUUGAUGAUGAUAAGGGUAUUAAGAUAGACUUACCUGAAUUCAAUGGAAGUCUUGACCCAAAAGACUUCAUUGAUUGGUUGCAUGAGAUUGAAUGGGUAUUUGAGUUUAAGAACUACAACGAUGAGAAUAGGUGUAAAGUAGCCAUACUGAAGUUCAAGGAGUAUACCUCUUUGUGGUGGGAAAAUACAAGAAAGAAGAGAGAAAGAGAAGGGAAUACUAGAAUUAGGUCAUAUGAAAAGUUGAAGAGAGUGUUGAAGAAAAGGUUCUUGCCCGACAAUCACAAGCAAGACCUUUAUCUUAAGCUCCAUAAUUUGAAGCAAAAAGAUAGAAAAGUUGAAGAGUAUAUUCGAGAGUUUGAAGGGUUGAUUUUAAGAAGUGAUAUUCCCAAAGAGAAAGAGCAUACAAUUGCAACAUUCAUUGGUGGUUUGAGUUACCAUUCUUUUGGGGAUGUUUGCAAACUGUCCAAAAAGAUUGAGAAACAAUUGAAUAGCAGGAAGUCCUUCGUCCCCAAGAAGCUCUUUAAGGAGAAUAACUACCAAAGGGGUUCACCUUCCUACACUAAACCAUAUAUGGCACCUACGGCUUAUGAUAGGAACAAAGCCAAUGAAGCACCAAAGGAGAAAAUAGGUUUUGUGAAGAAUGAUGCUCUACGGCCAAAUUUGAGGAACAAGAAGUGUUUCAAGUGUCAAGGUUAUGGACACUUCCAAGCUAGUUGCCCAAACCAAACGGUUAUGACUCUUAGAGAGAUUAAUGAGAUUGAUGAUGCAUGUCAAAAGGAUUCUAGUGAAGAAGAGGAAGUAGAUGAGAGUGACAAUGAGGUUAUUAAGGAAGUCUAUAAUGGAGAGAUGCUUAUGCUCAAGAGGUUGUUGCAUACUCAAGUAAACCCUCAAGAGAACCAAAGAGAGAACUUGUUUCAUACAAGGUGCACCAUCAAGGGGAAAGUUUGCUCAAUGAUCAUUGAUAGUGGGAGUUGUACCAAUGUUGCUUCCACCACACUUGUGGAGAAAUUGGGGUUGCCGAUUUUACCAAGGGGUUUGCCACCACUUAGGGGGAUAGAACAUGACAUUGAUUUGGAUACCGGUGCCCCUCUUCCCAAUAGACCAGCAUAUAGGUGUAAUCCCAAAGAAUCAAGAGAGAUUCAAAGGCAAGUUGAGGAGUUGCUUUCCAUGGGAUUUGUGAGGGAGAGCAUGAGUCCUUGUUCGAUUCCAUCCUUGCUUGAGCCCAAGAAGGAUAACACUUAUCAAAUGUGUAUUGACAGUCAGCCCAUCAACCGAAUAACUAUCAAAUAUAGGUAUCCCAUGCCUCGAUUGGAUGACAUGUUAGAUGAGCUUCAUGGUACAACCAUAUUCUCAAAGAUUGAUCUAAGAAGUGGUUACCAUCAGAUUAGAAUGAGAAAGGGAGAUGAGUGGAAAACGACAUUCAAGACUAAGGGAGGAUUAUAUGAAUGGACGGUGAUGCCCUUCGGCCUUUCCAAUGCACCAAGCACCUUUAUGAGGUUAAUGAAUGAGAAAGAUCAAGCCAAUAUUGUCAUCCUACUUAUCUAUGUAGAUGAUUUAUUUAUGACUAGCAAUGAUGCUUCUCUUAUUCAAGCUACUAAAGACUUGUUACAUUCUCAUUUCAAGUUGAAAGUUUUGGGUGCUCUUAGAUAUGUUUUAGGCUUUGAAGUUGCAAGGUCUUCCCAAGGUUCUUUGUUAUCCUGGAAUUUUAAGAGGCAGGCUACUAUUUCCCGAUCAUCAUCUGAAGCAGAAUAUCGUGUUAUGGCCUUAACAGUUUGUGAGCUUGUUUGGCUAACUCCACUCUUAACUGAUCUUGCUCUUCCUCUCCAGCUGCCUAUUUCUCUUUUCUAUGAUAAUCAGUCUGCCAUCCACAUUGCUUCCAACCCAAUGUUUCAUGAGCGUACUGAAGCACAUUGA